AUGAGUCAUAUGCUGCAGCCAUUGAAUGUUUGUUUUAUUUUAUAUAAACCAGCUAAUGUGUUCAUGCUUUUGUUGGCAAUUGUACCGGAAACAUGUUUACAUGUGGACAAUUCAAGAAAAUGGGGACAUUUCCACGACAGUGGACAUCUGCAGCUUCAUCCUUUAAGGAGAUUUGAUUUCAUAUUCGCAGUGUUUGGAUUUAAAGUGAUCGUUGCAAACAUCAAUAUGUCUUUUAAUUUGGCUGGAAAGAAAUUCCUAGUCACAGGAGCAGGUCGUGGAAUAGGGCGAGUUCUCUCUAAGACUUUAAGUGAACACGGAUGCAAAGUUUAUGCACUUAGUCGCACGCAAGAAACGCUUGACACCUUGGCAGCGGAAAAUUCAAAUAUACACACAAUCCAAGCUGAUGUAAGGAACUGGGGUGAAUUGAGAAACAAACUUGAUGGGAUCGAAGUUCUCGAUGGACUUAUUAAUAAUGCGGGUGUAACGGAAGGACUUUCUGGUCCUGCUUUAGAUGUUUCGAAGGCGUCCUUAGAUAAGUAUUUCGAAACUGGAUUCUUAGCAUCAAUCAAUACAAUUCAGAUCAUCGGAAAGAAAAUGGUAGAUGCUAAAAGAUCGGGCUCAAUUGUGAAUGUUUCCAGUGUGUUAUCGCUACAAAGUUUUCCGCAAAACAUAGGAUAUAACACAAACAAGGCAGCACUCGAUAUGAUCACUAAACAAUUCGCGCUGGAGUUAGGACCACAUCAAAUUAGAGUGAACAGCGUCAACCCCACACUUGUUGAUACAGAACCAGUGCAGAAUUUCGUAAAAGAUGUGUCACCGGUAGAUAAACUCUUUAUCGAAAAGACACCGAUGGCACGCAUACCGGAAGUGAAUGAAAUUGUGUACCCAAUCUUGUAUCUUCUUAGCGAUUUCUCAUCAAUGGUUUCGGGGACUACACAUAUCGUUGACGGUGGAAUGAUGUCGGCAUUCGCUACUAAAUUGUAA